AUGGCUGUUGCCAGUUUCAAGGUUGGGAACCUUGGAGUUCUGGGCUGCACUGCUUUUCUAGCUAAAUAUUUACAUGAGAACGGAGUGGUCCAUCGAGACCUUAAACCAGAAAACCUUCUAUAUGCAGAUCUAUCAUCAGAAGCACCACUGAAAAUAGCUGACUUUGGUCUAUCCAAAAUUCUGAAUGAGCAGGUUACCAUGAAGACAGUCUGCGGGACCCCUGGAUAUUGUGCACCUGAGAUCCUGCGAGGCUGCACCUACGGGCCCGAGGUGGAUAUGUGGUCUGUUGGAGUCAUAACUUACAUCUUACUAUGUGGGUUUGAACCAUUUUUUGAUGCAAGGGGUGACCAGUAUAUGUACAGCAGGAUCUUGAACUGUGACUAUGAAUUUGUCUCCCCCUGGUGGGAUGAUGUGUCUCUAAAUGCAAAAGAUCUGGUCAGAAAACUGAUAGUGCAAGAUCCACAGAAACGGUUAACAGUUCAUCAGGCCUUGCAACACCCUUGGGUGACUGGGAAAGCAGCUAAUAUUGCUCAUAUGGACAACGCUCAGAAGAAAAUGCAAGAAUUUAAUGCGAGGCGCAAACUUAAAGCAGCUGUUAAGGCUGUAGUAGCCUCAAGCCGACUGGGAAAUGCCAGCAAUCACACCCACAGCAAUCACGACAGCGUCAAAGGAAGACACAAUUCUUGUUCCAUCCAAGAGCAGAACACAGAAAAGGAAAAUGGGCAAGAAUCAUAG